GCUACCAAGAAGAAGAUGCGCGAGAGCACCAUAUUCUACUCUGGCGUGUGCCAGUUAUUCUUUGAGUUCUUGGGCUGUUGAAGCCAUGUCCGUUUCCUGUUCAGUCUUCUAUUAAAGAGGUUUGUUGAACCCACCCUACGGUUAUCUCAACUGGCGACGAGCGAAGGACUUCUCAGAAGAUGCAGGGGGAUGAGUCUCGAGUUAUUUCAACCGGAGCAGGUUCGGACGAUGGUGUUCGGCGGUUUCGCAGCCCUGGAACGUUUGAUCCUGACAAGGAAGAUUGGAACCUCUAUGAGAUCAGGUUUCUAGCGGCUAUACGUGUGGCAAGAGUCACGGACGAUGCGGACAAGAGUGGACUUCUAAUUUCGUCGCUGAGUCCGGCAGUCUUCAAGCGGCUCUAUAACCUGCUGCAACCGAGGAACAUCAUGGAGGUACCUUUCAAGGAUCUUACUGCAACGUUAUCUGACCAUUUCACUCCGAAACGGUUCAAGGAGUUUGAGAGAUACAAGCUUUUCUCAAAUCGUCAAGAGGACGGUGAGUCAGUGAAGGAUUUCGUUGAGCGGUUGUCGGCAAUCAUUUCCCGCUGUGAAUAUGAAGGAGAGUCUGACGUCCGAGCAUGUUCCCUGAUGACAGCGUUCAUCGUAGGCCUCCGGGAUCAGCGCAUCCGCGCGCGACUUGUUCUGGAAAAGACCUUGACAAUGGACACAGCGAUCCGGCUCGCUGAAAGUUUUCUGGCCGCGGAGGCAGAGUCGAAGCAGUUGCAUGCAGAACCCUCUGUGCACAAGGUGACAGUCAAGCCGGAGAGCAAGGAACGAUGUUUCCGGUGUGGAAAUUCAAACCACUCGCAAGAAACGUGCAGAUUCCGCAACGAGGACUGUCACGCCUGUGGCAAAACCGGACACAUCUCGAAAAUGUGUCGUUCAUCCGCUUCACAGGGAACGCGGAAGAAAGGUAAACAUUUUCGGAAGGUGAAGCUUGUGACCGACGUGUUUCUUGCGGACGACCAAGACGGGAAGUUCAUUGCUUGUAGUAUCAAAGACAAGGACGUCAUCCUGCAGGUCGAUACGGGAUCGCGGGCAACACUUCUGGAUGAAAGGACGUUCAAGAGGUUGGGUGAGCCAGAGCUAUACCAAUCUCCGUACCGUCUUCGUGCUUUCAACAAGGACGAGAUACCACUUCGUGGAGCAGCAGAUCUCGAUGUUUCCAUAGGUGGAAGGGUAGAAAAGCUUCAGGCACUCUUUACCCGGAUGGAACAUACCAAUCUGCUUGGAAGGGAUUGGAUACGUGAGCUUGGCAUCGACCUCAACACAUUAUUCGUGGGCAAGAUAUUGACAGCUCCGAAGUUGGAAGGCGUCUUAGGAACGUACUCGGAUCUUUUUCGAAGCCAACUAGGAAGGUGCACCAAGGUUUUAGUCCACCUUCAUCUCAAGAAAGACGCUGAGCCGAAAUUCUUCAAGCCCCGGCCGAUCCCUUUUGCGUCUCGGGAAGCGGUUGAAGCUGACCUGCAACGGCAAGUACAGAAUGGGGUGCUGGAACCUAUCGAGGUGUCGGAAUGGGCCACUCCCAUUGUAGUGGUGCCCAAGCCAAAUGGAGCCGUACGAGUCUGCGGAGACUUCAGCGUCACUGUGAAUCCGCAGAUCGAAAUCGCACAGUACCCGUUCCCUAGACCUGAAGAACUUCUGGCGACAUUAAAUGGCGGUGAAAAGUUCACGAAAUUAGACUUGUCCGAAGCAUACCUACAGAUGGAGCUGGACGAAGAAGCUAAGAAAAUCUUGGUGAUCAAUACUCACAAGGGCCUUUUUCAAUUCAAUCGAAUGCCCUUCGGCAUCGCAUCUGCCCCAGCCGUUUUCCAGCGUACCAUGGAACAGGUGAUCGCAGGGAUUCCUUCUGUAGCCUGUUAUCUCGAUGACAUCAUCGUGACUGGCCGAAACGACAAAGAGCAUCUGGAAACCUUAGAGCAAGUUUUGUCACGUCUCCGCGAGUUCGGCUUCACUCUCAAGAGGGAGAAAUGUGCCUUCCUGCAGCGGCAGGUUGAGUAUUUGGGACAUGUGGUUACUGCGGAAGGUUUCCGACCAUCACCCAAAAAAGUAUCAGCGAUUCUGAACAUGCCACCGCCAACACAAGUUUCAGAACUGCGCUCAUUUUUGGGGCUGGUACAGCACUACGGAAAGUAUCUGCCGUCUUUGUCCGAUAUUUGUGCUCCACUCAACAGCCUACUCAAGAAGUCGACAUCUUGGCAAUGGUCUGCGUCUUGCGUAGAUGCGUUUGAAACAAUCAAGAGGAAGCUCGCCUCCGCUGAAGUACUCACCCAUUAUGAUCCACGGAAGGACAUAUUUCUGGCGGUGGAUGCUUCUUCGAAAGGUAUUGGGGCCGUCAUCUAUCAUCGCAUCAACGGCGAAGACCGACCGAUUGCGCACGCUUCGAAGACACUGACACCAGCCCAGACAAAAUAUGCUCAAAUAGAACGGGAAGCCCUUGCUAUUAUUUUUGGCGUCCGAAAAUUUCAUCAGUAUUUGUGGGGACGGAAGUUUACACUCUUCACCGACCACAAGCCGUUAACUGUAAUUUUUGGACCCUCAAAGGGCAUUCCCGCGACAACGGCGAGUCGUCUGCAACGGUGGGCCAUCAUUCUAAUGAGCUACGCGUUCGACAUACAGUUUAAAUCGACGACGAACAUCGCAAAUGCAGAUGGCCUGUCUAGGUUGCCCGAAGGCGCCGAUCUGGAGUUCGAUCAGCAAAUGGAAGAAGGUAUUUUCAACGUUGUGGACGAGGAGAUUAAUGCGGUGCAGGAUUUUCGCAUGCACACUCUUCCAGUCAGAGCUAAGCAGAUUGCUGAGGCGACUCUUCAGGAUCGAUACUUGAAGCAAGUAAAAGAGUACAUUGCAAGUGGCUGGCCCGAACGCGUAGAACAGGAGUUGGUUCCGUACUGGCAACGACGAGCUGAACUUACAACACACCGUGAGUGCGUUCUUUGGGGCCUACGCACCGUUAUACCUCAAAAGUAUCGCGCAGCCCUUCUGGAUACGCUCCACGAGUGUCAUGUAGGACAAAAUAAAAUGAAGAUGUUGGCUCGCUCAUAUCUGUGGUGGCCAGGGCUGGACAAAGACAUUGAAUCCAGAGUGAGAGGUUGCGAUCAAUGUGCGUCCGUUGCAGCGCAAGAGGUUCCUGUGCCACUUCACCAAUGGGAGCCGCCGGAUAAGCCGUGGUAUCGUCUGCACGCAGAUUUUGCGGAGCUUCAUGGGAAGCAUUAUCUCAUAGUCAUCGACAGCUUUAGCAAGUGGCCAGACGUGAGGACUAUGACAACAACGACUGCAGACAAAACGAUAGACACGCUCAGAGACAUCUUCACUCAAAAUGGGCUCCCUGAGGUUUUCGUGACGGACAACGGACCUCCGUUCACAAGUCAACAGUUUCGGAAAUUUCUCGAAGACCAGGGAAUUCACCAUGUGCUAACGCCCCCUUACCAUCCCAAAUCAAACGGAUUGGCAGAGAAUUUUGUGCGGACAUUUAAGACUGCUCUGCGCCGUUCAAGCGGAGGGGGAAGGGAAAGCAUAGGGGAAUUCUCUCUUCAAGUACCGAGUCACUCCCCAUGUGACCACAGGGCGUCCACCCUGUGAGCUUCUCAAUGGCAGACACUACCGCCCUGUUUUGGAUCUUGUGCGACCACCUGGACCAAUCCCUUUGGUGAUGUUUUCAGGUGCCAGGGAACGUCAAAAGAGAUGUCAUGACAGGCGAGCGCGCGACAGGUCGUUUGGAAGCAACGCGAAGGUGUGGAUGCUGGACCCUCAUCAGAAAGGUUCGGGAUCUUUCUGGGAAGGUACAACGGGUACACAAAGACCAUCUCAAGGCAAGAGAGUCUUCCGAUACCUGGGAUGCUGAAGAACUUCCCAAACCCCCGACAGAACAUGAGCCACCGGAAGAACCAACAUUUCCUCUACCCUUCCCGGAAGUUGAGGACACUUGCAGUGAGGACGGCCACCACCGUACGACGCAAGAUGCCCAGCCGUCUCAAGUGGCAGGAGCUGCUCCUUCAGGAGAAAAGUCUCCUCCUUUGAGUACAACCACACGUAGGUAUCCGGUCAGGAGGCGUCGGCCGGUAGAUCGGUUCCAACCGACUUAAAGGGGGAGGUAUUGUGGUGGCGCGGCUACCAAGAAGAAGAUGCGCGAGAGCACCAUAUUCUACUCUGGCGUGUGCCAGUUAUU